AUGCCUCCUCCCGAUACUCACCUACAAACCCUCAAGAGGGAGCUCAAUCAGCUACGAAUCCAGCUAGCCACACUCAAGAACGGACUAUCAGACAUCAACCGCGCAUCGCGCGUCGUGCGCGCCGAUUUCAGAGCCAUGACCAAGGAAUAUGCACAACUCACGCGCGCCUUCGACCGAGCCAAGACCGAGCUUUGGUUCGCCACCAUCAGCAGCAACAAGAACGUGGCUAAGCGGGCUGAGGAGAAGAUGAGGUCCUCGAUCGAGGACCAAGCCAAGAUCCAGCGGCUACUGCCUGGCAAGUACAAGAGCUGGGCAGGGGUGGUUCGGGCUCGAAACCUGCUGGUUGAGAGCAUCGGCGAGUGUAAGGCAAAGAUUGUCAGGAAGGAGGAGAAAAUUCACACACUCCAGCCAUGCGAGAGCCUGACUUGCGCUCAUUGUGGGAGGAUGGGGGCCGCGGCGCUGCAGAGGGCCAAGGUCAAUCUCAAGGACCGAGUUGCGAGGGUGCUGCGGACUAAGUGA